AUGCGUUUAGCGGAGAAAACAGAACCAAAAGUGGUGCUGGAGCCAUCCGGUGAAAUCCACCUUAAAGCCGGUGAAUUCCUGAACGCCACUUGUUCGAUAUCUGGCCUUCCACCUCCGGUUGGAGCUUGGUACGCGAACCUCGACCAGCUGAAGCAAUACGAUAAUCCAACGAAGGACGGUGUUCUGAUGGUGACGGAGGUAGUCAACGUCACAAGCGGUACGGAAUUUCGCUGCGAAGCUGCCAAUAAACUGGGAGUCACCAGUGCUGUACUAAAAGUCAUCGUGACGGGUAAUCGCCAGCAAACAAGUGCUUAG